AUGGAUGGUGGCGUUACAGCGACUGGGUUCAAUGGUGUGCCAUCAGCACCGCUAGCUCUUGGGAACAUUGGUCAUGGUACUAGCUCGUACCAAGGGCAGCAGCAGGUGAUAGAGCUUAAGCCACAGCUGUUUCUUCAGCAGCAGGAGAGGUCUGCAGGGAGCAUCAUAUCCGUUCUGGCUGCCCGGUCAUUCCCAACAAUGUCCCUACCGUGGCAAUCGAACAUCAUCAUCGUCGUUGCCGCUGUUCAGGCAGCAGCACGAAGAUCGCCGACUCAGUCGAAAUACCCAUCGUCAGCAGAGGCAAUGAAAGGAUACGUGACCUAA